CUUAAUAAUAAACAACUGGAGUCAGGCGGCAGACUGGCAUUUUCGAACAACGGCAAGAUGGAUAAUCGUACAGCUUUGUUCAUCUCGUACAUAAUGUACGCGUUACUGAUGUGCAGAUAAGGUGCACGCUAUCCCUCGUGGUCAUGGUGAUUUCGAGAGGCAGACAAGAACGCUGUAUGCUGUUGGAGGGCUACAACAAUAGCAUGUCUUCGAUUCUACACUUUGUGCCGUCACUACUGACCCGGACCUCUCGUUCUUGUUGGAUGCGGGUUCGGAGCACAGACUGGUGGGAGAGGGUCGUAAUGAAAGAGUUUUCAGACACAGAAUGGAAAGACAAUUUCCGAAUGACGCGCAGAUCAUUCGAAAAUCUUUGUGGACUGAUGGAAGGUGUUUUGAGCCCCCAGGAAGUGACUGUAUGUGCACCAAUUCCACUCCAGAUGAGAACCGCCAUUGUUCUGUAUAAACUGGCCAGUUGUGUACCGUGUCGUUGCAAACCAGUUUGGAAUGCACAAAUCAACGGUGAAAAAGUUUGUUUACUGCUUCUGCAAAGGGUGUCCUCAGUUAUACACAAACUCAUAAAAGAGCCAACCAUGGAAGAAGCUUGUGCCACUGCACGCCGGUUCCAGCAGAAGUUCAGCAUGCCACAGAUCAUGGGUGCACUCGACGGAACACAUAUCCCUGUUUUACCACCAAGUGAUGGCUACAAAGACUACGUCAAUCGCAAAGGCUGGCCUUCCUUUGUUCUUCAAGCCUGGGUGGACGAUGUAUACCGGUUCUGGAACAUCAACUGCAACAUGCCUGGAUGUGCACACGACGUGAAUGUCCUCAGACAGUCAACGUUAUUUAGCCAGACACAUCUACUGCCAAAGGAGCCACAGGACAUAAAUUGCACCUCCGUCAGGCUUUUUCUUCUUGGACAUCCAGCCUACCCUCUCAUGGACUGGCUCAUCAAAGGCUAUACCUGUUCCCCACGCCUGACCACGGAACAAGAGUCAUUUAAUGUCUAUCAGAGCUCUGCGAGGACCACAGUGGAAAUAGCAUUUGGAAGACUAAAGUCACGCUGGAGAGUGCUACUCAAAAGAAGUGACUUCCAUUUCACCUUCACACCACAUGUUAUUGCCACAUGUUGUGCACUGCACAAUUUUUGUGAGGGGGAGAAAGAGACUGUCAAUCCCGCCUGGUCAGAGAAAGCAGCAGGUCUUGAACGUGACCUACCACAGCCAGGUCUCCGUAGCUACAACAAAACUGAAUGUUCUGGUGGUCAGGAAACAAGACGUACUUUAACAGAGUAUAUGGGAGCAAAUUUUCCUCUGCGCAGGGCAUUGUUUUAGCCAAUCUAUGUACAUUUGCGUGUUUGAUUUUGAGGACAUCUUUGUCUAUUUUGUACAGUUUUAAGUAAUUUACUGUAAUUAAAAG